GAUCAUGUACUAGUACUAACCACAACAAAAACAAAAGCAGUCAAUUGAUUCUUUUGCAAUGGAAAUGGAAGGGAACUAGGGAAGGGAAGGGAUACAUAUUUGGGAAGAAGGCUCCAUUUGGCUGUUGUCGUCCUAUCGUCUUCAAAGAAAGGGGUUCAUCCUUUUCAACAGCACUAAAAAAGUCUCAUCUUUCCCACUACAUCAGCAGCAGCAGCGGCACCACGAUCGACUUCCACCAUUGAUGUUUCAAUCAAUCCUUUUCCAAAAAGCUCCAAAGGCGAAUCCCUGCAACCAGGACCACUAAUGCUUCAACCUUUUUUUCCUGCCAAAUUUGUCCCAAGAGCUUCUCUAUCUAUCUAUCUAUGAUCUAUUAUGAUCUAAGGGUCUGGUCAGGGAGAUGUUGGCCAGCCGACCGGCGGUGCACCCGAUCGAAUACCCACCGGAGGCGACGGAGAACCCCCGGAGGGUGCGGAUGAAGGACGUGCAGGGCAUGGGAGGGACUACUGGUGGUCUCGCCCUUCGGCUUUGCCAGUUCAUCUUUGCGGCCGCUGCUCUCUGCGUUAUGGCCUCCACCGAUGACUUCUCCUCUGCCACCGCCUUCCGCUACCUUGUGGCAGCAGCUGGCUUGCAAAGUUUAUGGAGUCUUGCAUUAGCUUUGCUGGAUAUCUAUGCCCUUCUGGUCAAGCGCUGUUUGCGAAAUUCCCGAGUUCUUUGUUUGUUUACCAUUGGUGAUGGGAUUACUUGCACACUCACAUUUGCAGCAGCCUGUGCAUCAGCAGGGAUCACAGUCCUGCUUGGCAAUGAUCUGGAUAAUUGCAAGGUGAGUCAGUGCAUCCGUUUUGAGACUGCAACUGGCAUGGCCUUUCUCAGCUGGUUUGCUAUAUCCCCUUCUUUCUUCUUGAACUUCUGGUCAUUGGCAACAAAGUGAAGCAAACAUCAUACACCCGAGCCACCCUAGUCUUGCACUCAUCACUGAGUGACUCCUAUGAAAUUUCCGUCUUUAUAGUCUAUAGCUUCAUAUUUGUUACUCUAAAUUAGGAAAGAAAGAACGACUUGUUCAUAUAUAUAGUUUAAUUACUCAAUAUUCUAAGUUUAUUGGGGGCUGCUUGCGCCAAACUUGAGCCUGAGGCAAAACUGAGUUCUUGUCUUGAGUUAUUCAUGUUCAACAUGUGCUUUAAUUUAACAGCAAUAAAACCAUCACCCCUAUGUAUGUAGAGGUUUUCUCGAUA